CAGGAAUCGCUCAGCAGCAGCUUGAAAACUUGCUACAAGUAUCUGAAUCAGACCAGCCGCAGUUUCGCAGCCGUCAUCCAGGCGCUGGAUGGGGACAUUCGCCAUGCCGUGUGCGUGUUUUACCUGAUCCUCCGAGCCCUGGACACGCUGGAAGACGACAUGACCAUCAGUGUGGAGAAGAAGGUCCCCCUGCUGCGUGGCUUCCACACGUUCCUUUACGAGCCGGACUGGCGGUACAUGGAGAGCAAGGAGAAGCACCGCCAAGUGCUGGAGGACUUCCCCACGAUCUCCCUGGAAUUCCGAAGUCUGGCUGAGAAAUACCGAACUGUGAUCGCUGACAUUUGCCAGAAAAUGGGGAAUGGGAUGGCAGAGUUUCUGGACAAGCACGUGACCUCCAAGCAGGAGUGGGACCAGUACUGCCACUAUGUCGCCGGGCUGGUGGGAAUUGGCCUUUCCCGGCUGUUCUCAGCCUCAGAAUUCGAAGACCCUGUGGUCGGUGAAGACACGGAGCGGGCCAACUCUAUGGGCCUGUUUCUGCAGAAAACGAACAUCAUCCGUGAUUAUCUGGAAGACCAGCAAGAAGGAAGAGAGUUCUGGCCUCAGGAGAUCUGGGGCAGGUACGUCAAGAAGCUGGGGGACUUUGCUAAGCCGGAGAACAUGGAUGUGGCCGUGCAGUGCCUCAACGAGCUCAUAACCAAUACGCUGCACCACAUCCCUGACGUCAUCACCUACCUGUCCCGGCUCCGGAACCAGAGCGUGUUCAACUUCUGUGCGAUCCCACAGGUCAUGGCCAUCGCCACCUUGGCUGCCUGUUACAACAAUCAGCAGGUGUUCAGAGGGGUGGUGAAGAUACGCAAGGGCCAGGCCGUGACCCUGAUGAUGGAUGCCACCAACAUGCCGGCUGUCAAAGCGAUCAUAUGCCAGUAUAUGGAAGAGAUUUACCACAGGAUCCCCAGCUCAGACCCGUCUUCCGAUAAAACGAGGCAGAUCAUCUCCACCAUCAGGACGCAGAAUCUCCCCAACUGCCAGCUGAUCUCCCGGAGCCACUACUCCCCCAUCUACCUGUCGUUCGUCAUGAUCCUGGCCGCCCUGAGCUGGCAGUACCUGAGCGCCCUGUCCCAGGUCGCGGAGGACUACGUGCAGACGGGGGAGCACUGAGCCGUGCUUCUCUCGAACCGAGGAACUUUUGUCCAAGGAUGGGGACUGGCUUUAUGUUUUUCUUUUUCCUUCCUACUUUAAUCUCUCCAAGAACUUAGAAACUGUGAAAUGCAUUUACAAAGAAUGUGGGAAUGAAAGCAGAGGCCGCCCUGCGCUAGGCGCCUAUCCUCGCUGUGCUGUCAGGGCUGCCUGUGGGGUGCGCAUGGGCACGUGGUCUCGUCCUGCGGGGAGCCUGCUGGAAUGAUAAUGAAGUGUAUUUCAUUUAAAGCAA